AUGAAUCAUAAAGGGGAAAAACAACAAAAUCAUGGGGAAUAUGAAAAUAUUUUAAAGGAUCGAAAAUUAAAGCAUGAGAAAUUGCGGAAAAAAAAUGCAGUGCAUAAUAAGUUUAUCGCACCAGUAGUUAACCUAAUAUAUAAUGUCACAAAAUUCCUGAAAACCAUUUUUAACAUACUAGCUAUUUUCUUGAAGACUUUAUUUGGAAUUUCCAAUGACUCUAAUACUUCUGGCGGAUGGAACAAUGGCGGUGAUGACAAUUUUCAUAAGAAAAAAAAAAUGGGUACUUUACAAAAAAGCAAAAUAAUGGAACUAAAAAAUUUGGGUACCUGUUUGGGCAGCACCUGAGGAUAA